UCACCGUCCAUGGCGGCCUGUCUGCGCUUCACAAGAAGGGUCUGGAAGUCGUUCAUAGACAAUAAAGGUCAUGAUGUCCAGUGCUUUCCGAACCUACAAAUACACAGAGCAGUGCCAGGCGAGCUCGAGGCCUCACUAAAAAUCGAGCCUUACAAUCUCAACCGCGUCGGCACUGUUCAUGGCGGCCUCAUAAUGUCGCUUACUGACACCCUCGGCUCACUCGCCGUAGCAACAAAGGGUCAUUAUAUGACUGGUGUCUCAGUGGAUGUCGGCACCUCGUUCUUGAAGCCCGCCGGAGUACCGGGUGAUAUCCUGAAGGCUCGAGCAACUGUAACAGGCAUCGGGAAAACACUUGCAUUCACGAGAGUCCAUUUUACGAAUCCUGUGGACGAGAUCGUCGCAUAUGGGCAUCACACCAAGUUUAUCGGGAAAUCCCAUGGACAUAUUGAGAACGUCAAAUUCUCUGCAGAUGGCGAGCAGGUUGUAGAGGGUUCAGAUAAGCAAUGAAAGUAGACAAAGACUUCUGCAUAUGUUGUUGUAUAAUUUCAAUACAUAAAAAUACGUAGAUUUACC